UUUCUCCCUCACACAGCUGGCGGGCAGGCACCAGGGAGAUGCCAGACCGGGGCCCAGGGUCGGAGUGGAUGGAGAGCAGCUUCUCCGCCGCGCUGGGGACCGAGGGUGGCGGCGGCGGAUCAGCUGGACAUUAUUACCAGAAUUCCAAAAGUACUGAUAGAAUCAAAGAUGGACACAAAGUGAACUCACAAAUAGCCAAGCUGCAAGAGUUGUGGAAAACUCCUCAAAUUCAAACAAUUCACAUCCCUAAGUCAAUGAUGGAUGCAGCUUUUUUAAAGCAUCCAGAACUCACCAUAGGCCAGAAGCGUUAUCUGUGCAGUAUUGCUAAGAUCUAUAACGCGAACUAUCUGAGGGCGUUAAUGAAGAGGCAAUAUGUGCAUGUGAUUCAGCGCAGCUCACAAAAGCCAGGUGUCCUAACUCAUCACAGGAGCCGCCUCAACUUUCAUUACUCACAGAAACAGCAUUAUCCCUGCACUACAUGGCGACACCAGCUGGAGAGAGAAGAUUCAGGGCCUUCUGACAUUGCAGCUGCAUCGGCACCUGAAAUGAUCAUACAGCAUUCCCUUUGGCGACCAGGGAGAAACAAAGAAGGGUUAAAAACUGGUUAUGCAUCUAAAAUAAGAUGUAAGUCACUGAAGAUUUUAGGAAGACCAGGCAGACUGUUCAUGCAACCAGUUUCUUCAAAUGGUUGUGACUCAUACAUGAGUGAAGAAAAAAAGGAAGAAGAUUUACUAAAUAAGUAUAUGCAAUCAAUGUCAAUUGAAGAACAGGGAGAACAUCUGAUGUUAACUUGAUAGUCUUGUCUCGUAUAUUUAAUUUGUGCCAAAAGUGGGGGGAAGGGGUUAUGAAGUGUAUCCUUUCUUGUUUAGGAUAGUAUUGUUAUUCACCAUUAAGUCAUUAAUUUUUGUUUGAUCGGAAACUUUUACAACAAUGUAA